AUCUAUUCCAUUCAUUGGUAAAAACAAAAACGGCUUUGUGUUUUAACAUUUCCUCCCUAAUCUAGGCCGAAUCACUGUCGCUUUUGGCCGCAUAUCAUCCAUCGACAGUACGUCAUCUGGAUAUUGGCAUGGCAUCACGUGCAGGCCCUAGAGCUGCAGGGACUGAUGGGAGUGACUUUAAACACAGAGAGAAAGUGACAUCUCCCUAUCAGAUGAGUGCUUCACUGAAAUCAGAGAUCAAGAAACUCACCGUAGUGCAUUUCUUAAUAUGGGUACUGGUGGCGGCUCAGGUGGUUGUAAGUCACCUCAACCUAGUGUCACAUGACCUGGUGGCCUUGCCCUAUCAGUGGGAGUACCCAUAUCUUUUGAGUCUCCUGCCCUCGUUGAUUGGAGCAUUCUCCAUGCCAAAGAACAACAUAAGCUACCUAGUGAUCUCCAUGAUCAGUGCUGGUUUGUUCUCUGUGGCACCCUUGAUUUUUGGUGCAAUGGAAAUGUUUCCACUGGCCCAACAGCUAUACCGGCACGGGAAAGCUUACCGCUUUAUCUUUGGCUUCUCGGCUGUCUCUGUGAUGUAUCUGCUCAUGGUGGUAGCUAUUCAGGUACAUGCAUGGCAAAUCUACUACAGCAAGAAGCUCCUGGAUGCCUGGUUCAACUCAACACAAGAGAAGAAGAAGAAAUAAAUACGUUAUUGUAGGGGGACUUGAAUUUACCUAUAAACAUAAUCUCUAUUGCUGUUACUCUGCAAUGCAUGAGAAUAUACAUAGAUUAAAAUAUAGACAUUUGUGAGCCAACAAGCAUACCUCAAUGUUGACAUUUUACCUUUAACAUUUAUUUACGUUUUGUUUGAAUUAUCCUUUUAACGUGAUUCAGUGCUUAACCUAAAAUUCAGUUACACUACAAACUGCAUCAAAAACUACAUGGGUAGUUUGGACAUUUGACAUUUCUUUGUAAUGUAUUUCAUUAAUGUAUUUCAUACAGAUUUCAUCAUAAGAUUUUUUUUUUUUUUUUUUUAUCUAGCAAGGUAUAAUAUAGGCAUAUCUGUCAUUUUAGCUAACAUUAUUAAUAUACAUCUAAAUGUGUAACCAAUUUUCAAUUAUUCCUGCAGAUAGAGGACUCACCUGAUUUGUUUAAAAAUACUGAGUUGUUCUACAUUUGAACAUAUUCUGUUUUCCUAUUAAGGAAGCACUAUCCCUGUUUUUCAUCUUUUUUUCUUAUAUAUCAUAUUAGCUACAUCACUCAUAAUGCUAUUCAAAUAUGUUUUGUUUGCAUCCAGAAGGCAUAUUAAAAGUGUUUUAGAUCAUAUUGCUUUUCUCUUCACUUUAUGUGACCUUGAGGUAACUAAAAGUAAUUAAAAGUAAUCCAAUUACAUUACGUUCUUAUUGUGGUAAUUGGAUUAAGUUACUUAUUACAUUUUACUAAGUAAUCAGUAUUUAUAACGGAUUACAUUUAAAAAAAGAACCCUCCCAACCCUGGUUUUCAAUUAGCAAUGCCAAUGUAAAAAUGUACUAUUUUGUAUUUUUUUUUACUAUAGCAGUAUCCUUGCGAUCAUGAUUUCAAGCUUGGUUACAUUUCCUAAAUUCAUAAGUUCUUUAACUUAUUAAAGGUGUAUUCAGUAACUUUUGUCUUUGUGUCAUCUUGGACUUACUGACACCUAGCGACUUGGAUAAUUUAAAAUCAAUCGUUUUUAGUUUCAGAUGCCAUUGUAGAACUUAAGUAUUCACAGUCAGCCAUGAUUGCUUUAAUCAAUGAGUGAAUGUGUCAAAUAACUGGACGGUUACUGAGAUUAAGCAAGUAGUAUUUGGCUGGUCAUGUGAUCCUAACAUGGCGGCCCCCAUGUGCAGACCUUCUCCAUGAAGAAUA